UAAAAGGUACAACAGACUGUUGGCUUGGAGUCAUCACUGCCACCCUGCUUCCUUCUGGCCUUCUCCUGCUUUAAAUAUGGCAGCAUUAAGACUCUGUAAUUCUCCCUCGCAAGCACCUUUGGCGGGAGCACCGAGACCAGAUGGAGCAGGCAGAGAUCACAGAGUGAGCCAUGUCUAGAAGCUUCCACCAGGUCCAGGACUUCUGCUCUCACUGGGACCUGACUAAAAGUAUCAGGAAGGUUUCUGUCCAGUAUAUUUUGAUUUAUUUAACCUUCUAUAGGACAUUUUUGGAGGAAAAUGUGCUGGGAAUUCAUAGACAGCGUAGUCUUGAAGGUCUCUUUUCUAGGAACUAGCCUGGAUGCUAGUUUUGAUGCUCCACAUGAUGAAUGAACGGAGGUCCUGACUGUAGAAGACUUGCAGGAUGUUCCGAAGGCAAAGUCUCUUCCCUGGUGCCAAGAUUCCAUCUGAACAGGAAUCCAAAGACAGUCUUCUCCCAUUUGCCAAAGACAAUGCGUUCAAGCAGUGGAGCUCUCUGGGUGACAUUUAUGAUCUUUACGCUGAAGAUGAAGAGGAGCAAGUCUUCAGCAGGUCACCAAACCCUCGCUUUCACGUUCCCUCACCUAUGAGAAACCGCAUCCUCAACAUCAACGUUGGAGGCAAGUUGUACCAGAUUUCCUACAAGAUGGCCGCAAGGUUCCCCAAGAGUCGGAUUGGCCAGCUGGCCGCCUGCACAGACCCUGGAGCGAAGCUGGACCUGUGUGAUGACUAUGUGGUGCAAAAUGACGAGUAUUUCUUCGACCGGGAUCCAAAUGUCUUCAACAGCAUCUUCAACUUCUACAGGACAGGGGUCUUGUGGAUCAGGGAUGAAUUGUGCCCCAGGAACUUUCUGGAAGAGAUCGGAUACUGGGGGGUUAGGGUAAAAACUGCGCCACGCUGUUGCCGGAUUGCCUUUGAGGAGCGAAGCGAUGAUUUGGACGAACAACUUAAAGUGGAUAAGGAGCUGGAGGCUGAGCUGGAGACUGAGGAACAUGACGAGGAUUUUGACACCAUGUUUUUGGGCAAGGAAAGAAGGAAAAUCUGGAACUUCAUGGAGAAUCCCAUGUCCUCAAUUCCAGCUAAGCUAAUGUCUGUGUUCUCUAGCAUUUUUGUGCUGGUGUCCCUGUUGUCCAUGACCCUGGACACCGUGGAAGAGAUGGAGUAUCUUGCUCCAAAUGGCCAGUUGAGUGGAAAGACUCAUUUGGAACAUGUAGAGACAGUGUGUGUAGCCUUCUUCUCUGCGGAAUACCUGUUGCGCCUGAUCUCGGCGCCUCACCUGGCCCUGUUUGCUAAGAGUGCACUCAACAUCGUGGACCUGCUGGCCAUCCUGCCACAGUACCUCCAGCUGGCUCUGGAAAAUUUGGAAACGGGCAACUUUGGGAAGCAUGCCCCAGACAUGAACACGGUGGGGCGAGUGGGUCAGGUGCUGAGGGUCAUGAGGCUGCUCAGGAUCUUCCGUGUCCUGAAGCUGGCGCGUCACUCCACAGGACUGAGGGCCUUCGGCUUCACCCUGCGGAAAUGUUACCAGCAGGCCGGCUGCCUGCUCCUCUUCACUGCCUUGGGCAUCUUCAUCUUCUCUGCCAUGGUGUAUACCGUGGAGCACGAUGUGCCCAACACAAAGUUCACCAGCAUGCCUCACUCCUGGUGGUGGGCAUCAGUCAGUAUAUCUACAGUGGGUUAUGGAGAUAUGUACCCUGAGACUCUGCUGGGCCGGAUAUUCGCCUUCGGCUGCAUCUCCUUCGGCAUCAUCCUGAACGGCCUGCCCAUCUCCGUCCUCUUCAACAAGUUCUCCGACUACUACGCCAAGCUGAAGGCCCACGAGGGCACGGUGGGUCUGGGUCUGCAGAGGAAGCUUCGGCUGAAGCAGAGAACUCAGAGGAGAAUAGCUGAGGUCUUCUGUGUGGACGGAACGUUUUAGGAACCAAACCCUGCAGAAACAACAUCUUAAAGAACUGGAUUAGAUAUGAAAAGACUGCUGGAUUAAACCUUACUCAAUCCUAAACUACUAGAUACAUUUCGGUUAAAGUGGUUUUAGUCAGAAACAACUUGAACUUUCUGGGAAAACAUUAUUUUUUUUUUGUUCACUUCUUGUUUUUCUGUUGCAGAUACAAAGCGAGUAUAUCUACAGUUACUUUAAACAAAACAAACAAACACAGAGCAAAGUAUGAGCAUUAGGUGAAUAAUAUUUUUAAUCUGUGGUUCGUAUGCACUCAUCUCAUACAAAAAGUGAUAUAUCUAACAAGACUUGAAGAAUACAAUCAGUGCUGUAAGCGAUUUACUAGCAAUUGCUACCUAAUGCUGGUGACUUUACUUUAAAAAAGAGUGAUCUUUUUUACACAACCACAAAACAUUAAUAGAAUUUUUAUUUAAUAACAUAUGCAAUUGACAUUACUUCAUUAGUUAGCUGGUAAUGACACAAUAAAUCCAGUUAGCUGAAGCAUUUAAACAGUUACAGUUAAAACUGUUACAGUACGUGUUUAAAGAAAAUAUGAUUAGAUGAAUUCAUCCAAACUGUUGCCUUAUGUUUUUAUAUAGGUUACUCAGUGCUCAGUGGCGGGAUACUGCACAUACUUCUUGAUACAGCGAUCACAGUAUAAUUCUGAGUCAGAUCCGUAUUGUCUUAAAUCAUGCUAAACUUGGCAUAUUAAAGGAAUAAGUUGUUUAAAAAAAACAGAUUCACACAUUUUUAGCAUUUUUAUAUUCCCUGAAUCCCUGAAUUCAUAAACUUAGUGUUGUAAGCUUGCUUCAUUCUGGUUAGCGCUGGAGCUGCUAAGCUAAUGUAGCUAACAAACAACUGAAGAAAAAUCUUAUUCCAUUUAAUCAUUUAUCGGACGGUCUAGUAAUUCACACCUAAGUUCAUGGCAGUUUAGCCAAACAUGUAUGUAGGACUGAUAUAGUGAAAAACUAAUAGAUAGAAGUAAUAAUACACUGUAUAAUACCAGAGACCUUAUUAUUGAGGCUGCUGACUG